AUGUCCAACUAUCUCCACUCGCUCAAAACCUCGCUUCCUCAGAUCAUCUCAGUGUCCGCGCUCACAGAAUGUUUUUCACGUACUGGCCUUCUUGCAUAUCGCGAUUAUGGAGAUAGCAAUUUACUGGAAUGGUCUGGGUGGCUGCAUCAGGAUGCAACAGAAGGCACUGACCAGGAACCCGAUCUUGUCAGCCUCGCGAGAGGCCUCCAUGCUCAAGGUGGCGGCGACUAUCCGGAGGCUGUCAAGACUGCCCUCGCCAAGGCAUACGAGGUGAUGCGAUCCGAAGCGACCACUAUAAUUCUGCUUUAUACCGAUGCGCCUCCGCACAUGGAUGAACCCGCUGCGGUCCUAAGCAAUAAUGCGAAGUCAGAAAGACAACUAUUGUCUCGGAAAGAAUCUUAUUCCGGCAGCGGAUCUAUCUUCCUGAACUGGAUAGCUGGAUGUAAUGCUCUACGCAGUGGACCGAAACACGCCCAGGUCUUCGCGAUUCUCCCGUCAGACAUGCCGCAAUACUGUGCCGCGUACUAUAACUUCCUAGCCACUUUAACGGGCGGUGCUUGUGUUCAUCUCAAUGACAAUCGUCCUGCAAAUAUCUCAAAGCCCCCCGUCUCAGGAGCCAGCAAAGAGCUGGGCUCGGAGACAGUCUCUGCGGAGCUGUCGCGCUACAUCUCUGUCAGCGGUAUCAAGCAAAUUGGCCAAGAGUACGAACAUGCUGCAAGUCCUUUUCUGGCAUUUUCUCCGUGUAAGACCUUGUCUGAGAACCUCACAAGCAUUGGAAUGACUGGAGAGGUCAUGAAAAAGCACCUUCCCAAGAAGGAAAUUCCAGUCAUGAAUUUUGCAGAGCGGUGGAAGACGGAUGCACGAUACAAGGAGCGAGCGGUUAAGCAAUUGAUGAGCAUAAUCCGAGAAGAUGUCCGAACUAUAGCACUCAAUCCUGUGUUCGGAACUAUGUGGAGAGCAUUGUGCAGCGAUAGAACCUAUCCUCGACGUGAUGAAAUUGUCCUUGCAUUCAGCCAACAUGUCGACAAAAUUCAAAAUUCAGAGGAGCGGGCUCAAAUGAAGGCGUGGCUUGAGAAUUCUUACGACUACGCGGAAGAAAUAUUAACUAUCAUCAACGCUGUUCAUGAAACAGAACAGUUUCCUUGCGUGUUUCUGGAUCCUACGCUACGAUUCUCCAGCACUAGCGAAGAUGGAGAUGAACCAAUCUCAGCAUUGACAAGAGCUGACCUGCUUGAAAUCGGUCGAUCCUGCAACGCUCCCAUUCUGCGGCGUGUCGGCCGCGUUCUAACCCAACUGACAUUUGCUGGAUCCGCGAGCGAGAUGCCGGAGCACGUUGCAGCAGCAUCCACUGAGCAGGUGCCAAGAAUUCCGCUGGCCCUGGCUUCAGAGAAAUAUGGCCGUCAGUUUUGGAAGGUUCUUUUCCAUCUUAUUGUCCCAGGUACCAGACUAUCAGGUCGUCCGGCUGCUCUCGUUGCCGCCCUAAGUAUACGAAUUGGAGUCGCUCACUUCACUGGCAUUGCUGCAAGCGAGAUGCUUGUGUUCAAGGACAGGUGGAACGACAUCUCUGUGCCCGAGAACUGGAACAUGGGCUGUUUGACCCUUCUCGUGGAUGCCGACGAAGGAUAUCAAACAUGGCAGGUGGACUCAGCGUCAAUGCUGCAAGACCAGGAGGCGAUUAAGAAGCCUGUUCGACUUUUGAAGAAAACCGAUCGUAAGCUUUUUGAGCAACUGGUUGCCUUCAAGAUCUUGGAACUGAAUCUCGAUGCUCCCCUGACGGCCCGUGUUCCAUGGACUCCACAGAAGUCAAGUGCGCCCGUCGGACCUUUGACGACAUGCCGAUCUUGUCAAUACAUCCGAUCUGUCACAGUAAUGGGAAAGAGUAGCAAGUGCGGUAUUUGCCUGGCUACAGACUAUGCUACCCAGAAAGAGAAGGAAAAAUAUAUAUCCACUGGUGUCUCCCGGGACAUCGACCGUGUCUCUGAAGCAACAUGGGUCGAGUGUGGCCUGGAAACGACCGCACGGGCAAUCUCCAUGGAGAACACCUUCUCCUGGCUUAUCCACGACACACAGAAUUCGAUCGCAGAGUUGUUCAAGAAUCAUUCGCUAUUCUCUACGGUCUCCAAUGUGGGAACUAUUAGCUUCCUUUCUCGGAUAAAGCUCUUCCCAUCCGGCAAAGCAACCCUCACUCACCGAGAAAAGCGCAUCCAUAACGCAACUGAGUUGGCAUCCAUUAUCCAUGAGAUGGUUAUUGGGCGCAAGACAAUCCAGAUUGACUGUUCGCUAUGUUUCUCAACAUUCCAUCCCGGUACACUGAACCCCGCUUGUGGCCGACAUGGGUGCCUUCAGCGAAUUUGUACCACCUGCUUAGCAGGAUGGUACGGCCAGAAUGCACCUGGCUCUGUUAUCAACACCGCUGCCCUUGCAUGUCCGUUCUGCCGCCGAUACCCCACGCCUCGCACGCUUGCCAAGUAUGGAAUGGGCAUCCAGGGGGUCAGAGGGCUGGCUGAUGCGGUACGCGACAAGGGCACUUCGAUCUAUGCCUGGUGUCAGGAAUGUGCCUCCGCAAAGGAGUAUAUGCAGCGAACCUGCGCAAGAGGAACACCCCAACUAUCCAACUGGUCAUGCUACGAAUGUGUACAAGAGCUUGAACGACAGCGAUUGGAGGAAGAACGACGGACAGCAGAGGAAUUAUUCGCCAUUGCGCGAUUGGAGAGGAAUAUUCACCUGGCUGAAGCGGUGGAGCAUCAGCGAGACUUGGCCAACCAGAAGGAAGAGGAGCGCAGGAUACGGAAUCUCGCGCCAUGUCCCCGAUGCAAAGUCAUUACUGAGAAGAUUUCUGGGUGUGGCCAUAUGAGUUGUCCCAUGUGCGGCACAGAGUGGUGCUUUUUCUGUGCCAAAGUCAUUCCUGGCGACAUAUAUGAUCAUAUGGCUCAGAAGCAUGGGGGCAUAUUUCAAGAAGAUUUUGAGAGGGAAGUGGUGCCCCAGAGAGUCCAGAGAAUGAUGGAAGAUGACGGCCAGAAGACAACGAACGACGAAGAGUCUGGUUAA